UCCGAUCUCGAAGAGAGCUGAAACAAGCUGCCCUGUUGGCCCAGUUCGGACGCCAACGGCGCCGUCUUUGUGACCAAGGCCAUCGAUGUAAGAGGCGGAUUGGCUUGGAGAUGUAUUAGGGAUUCCGGAGCCCUUUCUCGUCUCCUCGCUCUGCUUGUCUUCCUGUCCUUCUGCGCCUUGCGUUCUUUUAAUCGUUGGCUGUCGAUAGUCCCCGGCCCGCGCAGAAGAAGCUGGUUGCGAUUUGCGCUCGGUUCGUCCCGUCAUCCGAACUACAUACAUAAAAAAGUCCUGGAAGUCGAUCUUGUCGCUUGAAUCCCGGGACCAGCGCAAAACCCGGACAGCAGAAUGCCGCGCGGACAAGCAUGGAGCCGCUUUCUGGGCUUAGGGACUUUGGGACGAGGACAUCGUGACAGCGGCUGGUGGGAGGAGCAACGGCUCCUCCCAACCUACCGGACCAGUUCGAUCCAGUCGGCAAUUCCGGCCCAGACCGUCACCGAAGUCGCACUCCGUAUCCGCCAUCUGAUCGAGGAAUGUGUCCCAUGCGAGCUCAAGGAGGACAUGGUAACCUCGCCGCACAGCAAGGUCAUCACGCCCAAGGUCAUCAAGGCUGCCAAGGAAGCUGGCGGUCGCGAGCAUGGGGCCUGCGUCGUCUUCUGUCUGCUGAUCAAUAAGCGCUGGUGGCACCACCAGUCGCUGGUUGAGCUAUGGGAUGCGGAGCUUCACCAGCUCCGCGCCACGGCUUGCGAGGUCAUUGCCAAGAAGCUCAUAGAGUCGGAAGAGGAUAUGGAAUACCUCUUGCACUCCGUCCUGCUCAAGCGCUACUCCAUUCUUGUCGAUGGGCAUCCCACGCAUCCGGUCAACGUUGUUGAGAAGGCAGUUGACCUGCACGCUCUGCGCGUCAUUGGGUCCGCGGGGUACCAGAAGUGCGUCAACUACCUCUGGCGCGGGUGGCUGAUCCAGGACGAGAAAGACCCGGCCACGUUUAUCGACUACAGGGACAAGGAUAACACGUCGUACUGGGCGCACCUCGACCCGGACCGCAUGCGCGCGCCAAGGUACCAGAAUGCCGCUCAGAUGCUCUUUUCCUUCGCUUACCUCGGCCUAUAUACGCUCGCGAUGAACUCGGUGAACGAGGAUGGCGGCAUCGACUUUGUCGAAGGUCUGCUCUACAUGUUUACAUUCGGCUUCAUCUGCGAUGAGCUCGCCAAGUUCUGGAAAGCGGGUUACCACAUCCUGAAUUUCUGGAACGCAUUCAACUCGAUUCUGUACGGCCUCCUGAGCACCAGCUUCGUCCUCCGCUGCAUAGCGCUGAGCCACGGUGGUAAUGAGCCCAACGGGCUUCGCCAUCAUUACAGCGCCCUCAGCUACAGCUUCCUCGCAGUAAGCGCUCCCAUGUUCUGGGGCCGUUUGCUUCUCUACCUCGACAGCUUCCGUUUCUUCGGUGCCAUGCUGGUCGUGCUCAAGGUCAUGAUGAAGGAGUCCCUCAUCUUCUUCGCUCUUCUGGUCGUCAUUGUUGUCGGAUUCCUGCAGGCCUUUGUCGGUCUUGACUACGCCGAUGACAGGGUCAUCGAAGACAUAUUCUUCAUCGUCCAAUCGAUGGCCAACGCCGUGAUGCAGUCUCCCGACUUUAGCGGUUUUGAGAGGUUCCGGCCGCCGUUCGGCUUGGUCCUAUAUUACUGCUUUACAUUCGUCGUCAUGGUCGUACUUCUCAAUAUCCUCAUCGCCCUCUUCAACUCGGCCUACGAAGACAUAUACGACAAUGCCAACGACGAGUAUCUUGCCAUGUUCGCCAUGAAGACCGUAACCUUUGUCCGCGCCCCCGACGAGAACGUCUACAUCCCUCCUUUCAACCUGAUCGAAAUCUUCCUGAUCGCCAUCCCCUUCGAGUGGUGGAUGGACAAGAAGUCGUAUGAGCGCAUUAAUGACAUCGUCAUGGGCUUCAUCUACUCCCCCCUGAUUUUGAUCUCGGCCUACUUCGAGACCCGUUGGGCCCGUGACAUCCGCGUGAACCGCGCCCGUGGCGACGCCGAUGAUGAUACGGUUGAGGAGUGGGAGCAAAUGUUGGGGCAGGUUGACUUUGAGGCCGACGGCUGGAAGAAGCAGGUUGACGCAGCAAAAAGUAACCUGGAGGAGGACCUUGCGGUUGCAGAGGUCAAGAAGCUGAAGGAAGAAGUGAACAAGCUGAAGGAGCUGGUUCUGUCCCUGCAUAAGGCGCUAGCCGAUGGUAAGGAUGAGGAUGGCGGACUCUAGGCUUGACUCCUUCAACCCUGCCCGUUGCGCAAUGAUGCCUCUGCGCAUUGUGGUUGCGGAGACUUGUGGGCUGGAUCUGAACAGUUCCAUCCACACGUCUUGUUGGGAAGUCUGUGUCUUUCAGGGCAUUGGCAGCCGGCGUUCGGCGUGUUGAAUGUGAUGAUCUUCAUACCCCCAUAUCUACAAUAAUGGCAGUUUUACCAGGUGGACAAUUCUUGUGAAACAAACCUUUGAUUCCUCCAAAUGAU